GGGCCGAAUACUUUCGCAAGGCACUGUAUACCAUGAGUUAUUUCUUCCCAAGCAGUUUUCUCCCUAGUUAUUUCCUCCAGGCAUUAGAAACCAUUGAUUUUAAAAUAUGUUUUAAUGUAUUUUUCAUUAUGAUAUUUAACAUUGAUUAAUAUGAUUUAAACAUUGAAGCACAAUGGAACAUUUAAAUGGGUUAUACAUGAGAACGUGUCCUUUUAGGAGAUGAGUAGUUGAACAUACUUAAUAAAGUUAUCCUCUGAAAGAAGGUACCUUCUGUCAGAGGAUAACUAUAUUAAGUAUGUUCAACUGCUCAUCUCCUAAAAGGACAAUAAUUCAGGGUCCCUGCCUGCCUGGCUCCUCAGCAGCCCACGGCCUCUAAUAACCACCCAUGCUACAUCCCCAAAGAAACUCGAUAGACCCUUUCAUUCCCUAUCUCUAAGCUACAUUCUCUGUCCAGCUCUCUCCUAUUAAACAUUUAUAGACUGUGUGCUUUUUAUGCUAUGGCAAAUAUGCAUACCAAAGAUUAGGAGGAAUUGUAUUUAGGCUAAUCUCUGUUUCGCCCAGGCAAGUCUAAACAUGCAUGUGUUGAUAAGGAGGCAUUCCGUCUACUCCAGUCAAGUGGGUGGAGUUUGUUUUAUUUUACACAGAAUUCCAAUUAUGGGACACACUUGACUUCAUCAUCCAUCUUCUGAAGUAAUCUCAGGAUCCGUGACGCUUAUCCAUUACAAGACGAAGGAUCACUUGAGUAACGAGAAAGGCGGUGAGACAGUGGGCCGUCCUGUUUGACCUCCAUAAAUCUAGGAUGAAGACGUGAGGUGGAGAUGACACGCGGUGGAUCAGGGUUUCAACUUCACCUUCACUUUGGGAUGUUUGCCCCACUUAUGAAAUAAACUAAGCAUAUCCUUUCAGGGAAACGAGGGCACAGAGGAAGUAGGACAGUGGAACAUUGGAAGUUGGACUUGCUAGCUAGGUACUCCAGCCUGUGGCCAUGACGGAGCCUAUGGUCCCCAGUAGCAGCAGCAGUGCUGGCCUAACAUGGGCAAAGAUGUGCAAGGAGUGUGGCCAGCAGCACGAGGGAGGCCAGGAGAACCACCUGUUUGAGUACCAGGAUGAGGUAGAUGACGAGCUGGUGUGCCACAUCUGUCUGCAGCCCCUGCUGCAGCCCAUGGACACGCCGUGCGGACACACCUACUGCUUCCAGUGCCUCAGCAGCUUCCUGAAGGAGCAGGACUUUUGUCCCGUGGACCGCCAGCAGCUGCAGCUGUACCAUUGCCGCCCCUCCAGCCUGCUGGUCAGGAACCUGCUGGACAAGCUGACUGUGCUCUGUCCACACCAAGCUGAGUGCCAGCAGCAGAUGCAGCGCUGCGAGCUGCAGCCCCACUUGCACAACAGAUGUCCUGUUUUCAAAAGGCUGAGGGAGGAGGCAGAGAGGAGGAAGAGACCCCCCUGGAAUGAGCUAAAGGGGAACAGGGGGGAGGGGGAGUCAGGCGCUGAUACCAAACAUACCCGUACUGCCACCCGGGACACCCAGCCCGAGCCUGGCCUCAUCAACCCUGCCUUCGAAGAGAGCGAGGAUGAGACCUCCAUGCGGUCCAGCCUGGUGGCCGAGGCCAACGUGGUGGAGAUGAAUCGGGAGGAGCAGGAGUUGGGCCUGCGUAUCGUGGGAGGAAAGGACACGCCCCUGGGCAACAUAGUCAUCCAGGAGAUCAUCCGUGACUCACUGGCGGCCCGCGAUGGCAGGCUGGCCCCGGGGGACCACAUUCUGGAGGUGAAUGACGUCAGCCUGGCGUCUAUCCCACACGGCCGGGCCAUCUCCGUGCUGCGGCGGCCAUGCCCUCUGCUCAGACUCAUCGUCAUGCAGGAGAAGGGCUUCAACCCCCGUCUCCUGCAACGCCCUGGCCUCGAGCACCACACUCCCUCCUCCACCAUCAUGGCCACCGCCUCCCCUCCCUCUCACAGUCCCCACGGCACCGCCCACAACCAGGGUACGGUGAUCCAGGUGACGCUGGUAAAGAGGGAUCGCUCGGAGCCGCUGGGCAUCAAGCUGAUCCGCAAGUCGGACGAGACGGGGGUCUUCAUUUUGGACCUGUUGGCAGGGGGGCUGGCGGCCAAGGACGGGAAAUUAUGCAACAAUGACAAGGUGAUGGCCAUCAACGGGCAGGACCUGAGACACGGCACCCCAGAGAACGCAGCACAGAUCAUACAGGCCAGUGAGGUGCGGGUGAACUUUGUGGUGAUGAGGCAGCCAGAGGCCCAGGAGGAGGGGGGCAGUGGGGGAGAGGGGCAGGGCCGAGUGGCUAGGAGGGCUCCAGAACCCCAGUACUUCAGACGCCCCUCCACCUACAUGAAGGAUCCACCAGGGGGCUUCUGCAGUCAGGAGAAGAUGGUGAGUCUGAAGAAGGAGCCAAGACUCUCCCUGGGCAUCACCAUCGCUGGGGGGAGGGACUGCCGCAGCCGACUGCCCGUCUACAUCACCAGUGUCCAGCCUGUCGGCUGCCUGCACCGAGACGGCACUAUCAAAAAAGGGGAUGUCUUGCUGAGCAUCAACGGCGUGGAUCUGACCCAGCUGACUUACAAUGAGGCGGUGUCGGUGCUGAAGGCCCAAACGGCUCAGGCCCAGGUGGUCCUCAGGGUCAUCCAGACCAUCUCAGAAGACCCAGAGGAUGAGGGGGAGGCCGCCAAGGAGGCUAUGGAGUCUGUGGAAAAUCCAAGGGAGGAUGAUGUCAACUGGGCCCCGUUGUGGACCCGCUGGCUGGGGCUUCCCGGUCACAUGCACUGGUGCCGUGACAUCGUGUUGCUGAAGACCAAUCAGGAGAGCUGGGGCUUCAGCAUUGUGGGUGGCUUCGAGGAGAGUCACGGACAGCAGCCGUUCUUCAUCAAGACCAUUGUGCCUGGUACACCCGCCUACCUCGACGGACGCCUCAAGUGUGGUGAUGAGAUUGUAGCUGUGAACGGAGCCACCACGGUGGGCAUGAACAACUCGUCCCUCAUCCCCAUGCUCAAGCUGCAGAAGAAUAAAGUCACACUGACUGUGGUGUCCUGGCCGGGGAGCCUGGUGUAGACACGCAUGUGUAUGCACACGAAGAUACAGACGCACACCCUGCCUUCCUCAGCUCCUGUCUCCACUGAGCCUCUUGUCUCUGCACAUACCACCCUAGAAUCUCAUUGGUGACAUUCUUGGAAAGAUGGUUACUUUUCCGAUUGAUUAAUUUCACUAGGUAAUCUCUUCUGAUGUGGAUUGUAAUCUAGUUUAAUUUGCACAUUAACCUAGCUGACUAGUGUGACUGACUUCCACAUUUUAGUUGUUUCACUGCUUUGGUUGUUGUUUUUGUUGUUACUCAAAAGGGCAGUUGAUUCUCUGGCUGAACAAAUCUGGCUUAUCAGGGUGAAGGAUGAAUUGACAAUCAAAAAUUGGAACCCUUAAUGGUGGAAACAGCCACAUCUAUUUAUAUAUAUAUAUAUAUAUAUAUAUCACACUCACCGGCCAGUUUAUUAGGUACACCCCGUUCACAAAUUGAUCCCUCCUACAGACAGUGAGUCAUGUAGCUGUGGUGUGCUAUAUAAAGCAGGCAAACAGAUUUUGAGACAUUCAGUUACUGUUCGAUUGAACGUUAGAAUGGGCAAAAAUAGUGACAUUUGAGCGUGGUAUGAUCUUUGGUGCCAGGCACGCCAGAUCCAGUAUCUCAGAAAAGGCCGCCCUCCUGGGCUUUUCACGCAUGACGAUGUCUAGGGUUUACCAAGAAUGGUGCGACAAACAAAAAACAUCCAAUCAGCGGCAGUCCUGUGGGAGAAAACAGCUCGUUGAUGAGAGGUCGAAGGAUAAUGGCAAGAAUCGUGCAAGCUAACAGGCGGGCCACAAACGAGCAAAAAUAAUGCCGCAGAGCAGCAUCUCGGAAUGCACAACUCGUCUAUCCACAGACUCCAACAUGACAGCGAGUUCAGUUUACUUGAGUGGCCUGCACAGUCCCCACAGACCUCAACCCAAUAGAUCAUCUCUGGGAUUAGAUGGAACGGCCUGUUCGCAGCAUGCAUGUACCUCCGUCCAAUCUGCAGCAACUGCAUGAUUCCAUCGCGUCAGCAUGUACCAACAUCCCUGUGGAAUUUUUCCAACACCUUGUAGAAUACCCAAAGAAUUCAGGCUGUUCUGGAGGCAAAGGGGAAUCCGACCUGGUACAAGAUGGGUGUACCAAAUAUACACACACAGAGGUCGGUUUAUCUGCGAUAUUACAACUAAGAAGUUUCUGAAAACAAACACUUUUUUUCCCCCUGGUACAUCAUUACAUGCUCGAUAGAAUCGCACAAUAUGUAUGUACUGCAAUAUUUUUUUACAUGCUGUGCGACGUGCCUCAGUUUGGCAACAAUAACAGCGGUGGUAGGGUGGCCAGUGGCGCUGUUUCCCCCUACUGCGGAUUCCAUCUUUAAAUGUAAACUGGAAGGAUCUUUACUGUUUUGGAAUUAUUGUUUUUACCUUGUCUUGAACACUUUAAACAUUUGUUUUUAGCAGGUUUUGCUUACUUGUUCACAAUACCCAUUUGCCCCCCCCCCCAUAUGUUAAUGGUGAUUUUAAUUAUUCAAUGCUGGGAUAUAUUUGUAGAUUUCAAAUUCCAUGGAGGGGGGUGGCAUAUUUUAGGCUAUGAAACAUAUCCUCAUAAUUCCACAGUUAAUUAAGAUGUAUUUAAUAUACCUAAUCAAUUAGGAAAGGGUGACUGUUGACUAAGUCACCUGUACCCAUCCUCUCCAACACCUGCCUUUUUAUUUUUGUACAUUUAGAUUUGAACAGAUACUGUGUUUUAUCCAUAUAUAUACAAGGAUGUUAUUAUAGUGGCUUCUGGUAUUUAUGAAUGAUUUAUUUCCUAUACAACUGCACUGUAAAAAUCUCUUACAUUCGGUAUGAGGCAAUGCACAAUAAUGUAUUUGAUUACUGUGGGUGCCUUGUACAUGUUGAAGGACAAAAGUUCAAACACUUGCCUUAAUUGCCACAACCAAAUAUUAUUGUUUUUUUCUUAAAGCUCCCACCUCAUUUUCUUACCAAUGACUAAGUGGAGGGAUGAUCUGUUCAUUGUUAUUUAGUUCAAAUGUUCACAGGAAGAGCCAGGAGGAGAUCAGAGCGGCUGGCCUUAGUUGGAGCUUUAGAUUGACUUCCACUGUUCUUUUCAAGGUGUCGUAAAACACUACAGGCCUUUCAUUAAACCCUGUGAAUGUGAUGGAAGCCCUCAGUAUAGUUUAAUAUUUGAGAAAUGUAGGCAUUUUAUCCUGUGUAAUGGCUCAUCCCUGGGUUUCAUAAUGUUCUAAAACCUCAAUGUCUUUUGUAUUUUAUACAUAAUAUUUACAAAGCACUUAAAGCUUCUCAGAUUGUAUUGAAUGGCUUUUAAAGUACAGCACUUAAAAAAACAAGUAUAUUUCUCCAUGGCUGUUUCCACAGGCUCUGGGGCCUAGUGCCUCUCAAUGGGCCUUGCUUUACUUUUGGUACCCUGGCCUCUGGCUGUCCUGUGGCUGGGGGGGUAUCAGUCAUCUGGAGGGGGAAGUGGGCCAGGCGUGUCGCCACGAGAGCUUUAGGAGGAAUGUAAAUCAGGACGGUGGAGUCGCAGAGGACAGCUUCAAAUCAUCCCUGGUUUUCCAGCAAGGGUCAAGGCCUCAAUUUCAGCUCAGUGAAAGAUAUAAGGGAUGAAAUGGUUGGUUAGAAACAGUUAUGUUAGUAUCUAUAUUGAUCAAUAAAAAGCUUAUACAUA